CCGCCAUAAUGAACACAAAGGCUAAGAAGGACACCCAAGUUCCUGUAGAGCUGAAGGAUGCUGCAGACUUUGAAACAGCUGCCUCCUUAACAGGGUUUGGCUUAUACAAUUACCUAAUACUUGUCACAUCUCUGGUGUCUUCCCUGUCACAUCAGUUUGGUGCUUCUUCAUCGUCAUAUCUUCUACCAGCAGCACAAUGUGAUCUUGAAAUGAAGCUGUCUGACAAGGGUUUGCUAAACUCUAUUUCAUUUGCAGGGAUGGUUGCAACAUCAUUUCUGUGGGGCUUCUUGUCAGACAUGUAUGGCAGAAGAAAGCUUCUAGUCAUAGCUUACCUGUUGGAUGGAACUGUAAAUUUUAUAGGGAGCUUCACCCAGAGCUUUGCACUUUUAGUAGCCAUGAAAUUUUUGAGUGGUGCAAUAAUAUGUGGACCAGGUUCAAUACAGAAAACCUUCAUAUCAGAAUUUCAUUGUGUGAAGUAUAGGACUCUAAUAAUGAUGCUGUCAGGAUUUUUGUUUGCUGUUGCAAACAUUAUCAUCCCAGUUGUUGCAUGGCUCAUAAUUCCAAACCCAUGGUCAGUGACAUUCUUUGGUGGAUACAUUACAUAUAAUUCUUGGAGACUCUUUGUGGCUGUUGGCUCUUUUGCAAGCUUUCUGGCAGCACUUCUCAUUUAUCUGUGCCCUGAAACGCCCAAGUUUCUUAUGACAAAAGGUCGCACAGAGGAAGCAUUGGAAGCAUUCAAAACUAUGUACAAAUACAACACCAGAAAAAAUCCAGAAUCGUAUCCGGUUAAGAAGUUAGCAGAUGAAAGUUACGUAAACAUGGAGUUAUCAACAAGCACUGACAAUAGAAAGAGUACUUGCUCACAGAUAAGGUCUGGUCUGAAAGAAGCAAAGCGACUGUUAGUGAAACCUUUACGGAAUAGAACAAUCAUGAUUGUCAUAAUUCAGUUUUCUACAUUACUCAGUGUGAAUACUAUACGUCUUUGGCUACCGCAGAUGUUUGCAUCAGCUGAGGAGUACAUAGAACACCACAAAUUUAUGAAUAACACUAAUGAACCUGUGUCAAUGUGUGAAAUGAUAUCAUUUACUGGUGUUUCAACCUCUUCCACAACCUCAAAUGAAGAAUUCUGUGGAGUGGGUAUGCUCAAAAAUACUGUUUAUGUAAACAACAUUAUUGUUGCGAGUUCUCAGAGUAUCUGUUUCCUUCUUGCGAGUUCCAUUGUUAAAUAUCUUGGGAAAAAAAUUACCAUGGUGAUAGCUUAUGUUGGAGCUGCAGUAUGUUUAAUGUCAGCUUACUGGACUUACAGCCCCUCAUCUACCUUGGCCUGCUUGGCUCUCUUUGUGUCAUUUUCCAGUGUGAGCCAAAAUACAAGUUUAGCCACUAUUGUGGACAUGUUCCCAACAAGCAUCAGGACCAUGGCAAUGAGUCUCAAUACAAUGUCAAGUCGAAUGGGAGCUUUUAGUGGAAAUUUAUCAUUUCCAUACUUGCUGGCAAUUGACUGUAUAGCUCCAUUUUCCCUGUUGACUGCUUUAGUAUUGAUGUGUGCUGGUAUCACUACGCUGCUUCCUGAUACUAACAAGGUGUCUCUUCAGUAAUGUAACACAGCAGUAUAAAAGAUGGCAGCCAGUAAUGACACAAUAUGGUUUUGUUUUUUAGUGGUUUCAUGACAGUGAUAGUUAUUUUAAGAACUGCUGUAAACCAAUCCCUGCUGGUAUGUUGGGCAUCAAGAAAAGCAGAGAAGAAAUAUGAAAAUAGAACAAUUAAUCUGUUAUUGUACCAACAAAGCAUAGUGAGAUUUAGUUCAUAUUUUUCUUUAGUCUACACCUUUUCUUUACAGGUUGUUUACAUUGUUAUUAAACUGCCUGCUAACAUAUUUGGUU